UUCAAUACUUUAUUGUUAUUUUCAAAAAUUGUAUAGUGUGUGUUGUAGAAGUAUAAAUUCGAUAAAUUUUUUCAUUAAAUAUGUCAAGUUCUGAUGAUGACUUAGAUGCAUUACAACUUUCAGCCGAAGCGCAGAAAGCUUUAAAAGAAUUUUAUGAAGAACAAAACGAAAAAUUAUUGUCAGAUUGUGAUGAUAAAAAAGAUGCAAGCGAUUUAAAGUUCGACGAAGAUUGGCAAUUAAGCCAAUUUUGGUAUGAUGAUGAAACAUGUGAGCGAAUUGUUGAAUGUGUUCAUAAAACAGUUGGAUCAAAUGGUAGUGUAGCAUUGAUAUCAUGCCCUACGUUAUAUAAAACCUUUAAGAAAAAGUCACCAACAAUAUUAAUUAAACUAUUUGAAUUUGAUAGAAGAUUUAGUGCUUAUGGUUCAGAUUAUGUUUUUUAUGAUUACAACGAACCAAUGAAAUUUGAUGAAGAAUUAUUGAACAGUUUUGAUUUAGUUGUUGUUGACCCACCAUUUCUGUCUGAAGAGUGUUUAACAAAAUCACUGCAAACUACAAAAGCUCUUACAAAACAACAUGUUAUAUUGUGUACAGGGGAAAUUAUGGAAGAAAUAGCAACAAAGUUACUAGAUGUCCAUAAGUGUUCAUUUGAACCAAAGCAUAAAAAUAAUCUUGCUAACCAAUUUGCUUGUUUUACAAAUUUCUCAUCUGAACUUGAUUAGUAAGUAGUUACCAGUUUCCUUAACUUCCACUGUGAAAUUAAUAAAUCUGAUGUAUUCAAAUAAUUCCACAUAAUUACAGUUAUUAUACAUUUAUUUAAC